AACAAAUAGCAUUUCAUAUUUUUCAACUGAUCUUUAUAUUAACAGUUAUAGAUUCAAACCUAAAUUAUUGAUCUAUCUUCGAUCUUAUCGAAUCGAGUUUUAUCGAUCUAUCAGAAAACUAACAAAUUUUCAUUUAAUCGUAGUAGGAUCAAUUGUAAUUAUUUUGAGGUUAACUUUGUAGUAAAUUGAUGACAACUAUUUCUCAUAUUAACAUCAUCAUCGUACGUAAUUACACACUGUAUUUUCUAAAAAAAAAAUUAUUUCUCAAUAAAUAGUUAAACUUAGUUACACUGAACGAUUUCAUUGUAAAUCCAAAUUUUAACUGAACAUGCGUAUACUGUUCGAUUUGUGUAUAUACUCGACUAUCUUCAAGCCUCUUGCAACAUUUUACAACAGGAAGAACGUUUGUAAGAGUGUGCACACAUCAAAGAAAAUACCGAAUUCCGAUAAAAUUUUUCAAAUAGUCGAUAAUAAAGAAAUUAACAUUAUAAAACAUGUCAGAUCCAGAACUUGAAGCAAUACGGCAACAACGAUUAGCUCAAUUGCAGUCACAGUAUAAGACUGACAAUGCAGAGAAUAAACAAACAAUGGAAGAAAAAAUGCAAAGAACAGAGGAGAUGAGGAAUUUCAUUCUUACCCAAGUGUUGGAUCAAUCAGCUAGAGCGAGACUAAACACAUUAAGUCUUGGUAAACCUGAGAAAGGAAAGAUGGUAGAAGAUAUGAUAUUAACCAUGGCUCAACAAGGACAGAUACCUGGAAAAUUAGGAGAAAAAGAACUUAUCAGUUUGCUUGAAAGUGUAAAUCAACGAACACAACGAAAAACUGUUGUGAAGUUUGACAGACGAAGAGCAGCAUUGGAUUCUGACGAUGAUGAUUUAUAGCAUAUAUAUAUGUUUAUAUGUGGCUAUAUAACAGGAAUCAGCAAUACGAUGUUUGUUUAAUUUUUGAACAGGAAUUUACAUUACAAUACAACUGUACGCUUAAUUAGUCAUACGUUUUUAUUUUUUAUGAUAUAUUGAAAUAAAAAACGGAAGUCAAGUAUCACGAUUUA